AGAACCGCGCAGCGGAACCUCAGCGGAAUGGCCUCCCCGGCGCUGGCGCGUCCGGGCGCGCAGGAGAACGGCGCGGUCCCCGGCAGCGCAGAGAGCCUGACCCCGUCCGCCGUCAACCGCAUCAUGAUGGAGUUCCUGAUCUACCUCGGCCGGGUCCUGGUGGUCAUCUACCCGGUGUACCUGAGCGGCUACCUGGGCAUCAGCAUCAGCUGGAUCCUGCUCUGCUUGCUCAUGUUCACCUGGUGGCAGAAGAACCGCCAGUGGAAGGACGGCCGGAUCGGGUCUGCUAUUGAUUUGGUGGAAAACGAGACACUUACCAUCAGCAGCGAGCUGAAGACGUCCUUACAGAUGGCUUCCUGGGUGCAUUUCGAAGAAGUGGAGAAGGUCAACUGGGUGAACAAGGUGCUGGAGCAGGCGUGGCCCUUCGUUGGGAUGUACAUAGACAAACUUCUGAGAGAAAACAUCCAGCAGACGGUCAGGAUGUCCAACGCUGCGCUCAAAGGGUUCCAGUUUACCAAGAUCCACUUGGGACACAAAGCUCCCAGGAUCAUGUGGAUGAGAGCAUACACCCACGAAGUGGACCAGAGGGAGGUGGUUCUGGACAUGAACAUACUUUAUGACAGCGACGUGGACAUCGAUGCAGAUGUGAAUGCAGCCAUCAAAGUUGGAGUCAAAGGGUUGAAGUUCGAAGGGAUGCUCAGAGUCAUAUUGGAGCCCCUGAUUGGUCAGUCACCGCUGGUGGGAGGAGUCACUUUGUUUUUCAUUCGCCGCCCCACUCUGGAUAUCAACUGGACCGGCAUGACCAAUUUGUUGGACAGUCCUGCCUUUAGCUCCCUGUCUGAGGACACCAUCAUGGACAUCAUUGCCUCCAUGAUGGUCCUGCCGAACCGCAUGUGCAUUCCCCUUAUUGACCAAGUCAAAGUGGAUCAGAUGAGGUUUCCUCUGCCUCGGGGUGUGGUCAGGGUCCACGUCCUGGAGGCCAGAGACCUAGUGGCCAAGGACACCUUCAUGAUGGGCUUAGUGAAAGGCAAGUCGGACCCUUACACCACGCUCAGAGUCGGCAACCGACAUUUCAAAACCAAGACCGUCAAAGAAAAUCUGCACCCGAAAUGGAAUGAAGUUUACGAGUUUGUUGUUCACGAGGCACCUGGACAGGAGCUGGAGGUGGAGGUGUUUGAUGAGGACAGAGAUAAAGAUGAUUUUCUUGGAAAAUAUAACCUGGAUUUAGGAGAAGUGAAAAGGGAGAAGGAAAUGGAUCAGUGGUUUGCUCUGACAGAAACUCCUCAUGGGGAGAUCCAUCUGAAGCUGCAGUGGCUCGCGCUGAGCGCUGACUCCUCUCAGCUGAAGGAGUCCAACGCCGGCCUGUCCUGCGCGAUGCUCUCGGUGUAUCUGGACAACGCCUCCAACCUUCCUAAAGACCAAAGCGAGUUGAUGUCAAAUCACAAACAUGGAAAACAUGGCAAAGAGGCACGGCUCACAAAGAGAAGUGCGGGUCCCAGCUCCUAUGUGGAGUUAUCCGUUGAUAAGGAUGUUCAGAAGAGCAAGGUUGCCUUUUUGAGUAAAGACCCAGCCUGGGAGCAGGGCUUCACCUUCUUCGUGCAGAACGUCAAAACUCAGCAGCUCACAGUCCAGGUCAAAGAGCAUGAGAAGAAGACUGUGCUCGGUCUUCUCACCCUGCCUCUCGACCGCCUCUUCCAAAUCGGUUCGAUGACCCUGGACCAGCGCUUCGCCCUGGAGCGCUCUGGAGCCAACAGCCAGAUCAAGCUGAAGGCCACGCUGAGGAUUCUUACUGAGGAACCGCCACCGCCCAAAGUCCUCUCCAGCCUUCCUCCGACCGGAAAACAAACGCCGGCGUCCUCUGCUGCCUCCGUUCCCUCCAGCAGUGCUCCUGCCGCCUCCUCUCAGGCUGCGCCGGCUGUUCCGCUGGAGGCACCAAACGGCACGCCCUCGGCUCGGCAACGUCGCAACUCCCUGCUGGCUCCUGAAACCAGUAAGUCCUCGAAGGCAAACAUGCGUCGGUACGACUCCCACAGCCUGCUGUCGGACAACUCCAUCGCCUCGUCACGGUUCGACCUCACAGACGGAGCCUCCUAUCCGGAGGCUAUUAGGAACCAUCAAGGCUCGUUUGGAGAGAUCCACAUGAGUUUCCGCUAUGCCUCCAUGAGGAACAAACUUAUCGUCAUUGUUCAUUCGUGCAGAGACCUGUUCCCCUGCAGCGAGGACGGCACAGACUCCUACGUCCGCAUGUAUCUGCUCCCAGACCACUCUUGGAGACACCGCAAAAAGACGCACGUCAAGAAAAAGACACUCUGUCCAGUCUUUGAGGAAAAGUUUGAGUUUGAUGUGUCGCUCGAAGAAGCUAAGACCAGGAAGUUGGACGUGUCUGUUAAAAAUAACAAGAUGUUCCACAAGAGGGAGAGAAAGGACAUCGGCAUGGUGAUGUUGGAGCUGUCACAGAUGGAUUUAGUCAAAGGCGUCUCAGAUUGGUAUGAACUUACGUUACCUGGAAUACUGAGAUCCAGCAGACGAGGGCGGUAGUGAAACAGCUGCAGGGAAAGUGAACAGACGCUGUGGAAGAGCUGGAUCUUCCAGGAUCUGGGGAUGGGGGGGGGGCUCACCUCCAAGAAGCCCGACAGCGACACCUUCCCAGUAAUAUUCCAGAUCACGGCACCUUCUGAAGCUCUUGUUUGGAAACUGUGUCGAGCUCACCUGUUCUCCAGGUGUUGCAGCUCCAGGCAGUUGUGUCCAUGUUUUGUUUUGGUAAUAUGAACCAAGUGGGCUGUAAUCUCACGUCUAUUUGUAACGUUUUUUGUUAUUUUUAUAGAAAAAAUAUAAACAAUAAUAUAAUUUGAGAAAUGUUCAUUCCGUAAAAGUAAAAAAAAGAAAUUGUUUUAGUUCACCUGAGCUGCCUGUGUGUUGGAUAUGAGAAGCAGGUUAGAAAAAGCAAAGGUUUAUCGCAGCACAAUCAGGCGAACCCUCACCAACUGAUGAAGGCUUCCAAACUUUAUUGCUUUCCGUUCUUGUUACUGGUUUAAAAGUUGUGCGUGCAGCUGGGUCGCCCCGCUGAAGCUCUGAGCUCGCCGGAGGGAAAACCAUCCCAGCAAAUCAUAUGAAGGGCUGUGCCAAGGGAAGGGAAACUGCUUUUAACGCUUAAGGGAGUGGAAAGUACAUGUUUUAAACCAUUUAUUGUUCUUCAUAUUUGUGCUGAAAAGCACAUUUCUUGUUAAAUCAUUGCUUUCAUCUCAGUGUUUGACUUUAACCGGGUUUUACAUUAUACAUUUGUUAAGAGGAAAGGGCACAUUUAAUAAGUAUGGUCACUAAAAAGUCAAUGAUAAUAAUGCAAUAAAUGAUUUUUAGGAGACCACCAAUCAAUUUAUGCACUAAUUUUGUUGUCUAUUUGAUGUUCAUAUGUUACAAAGAGUUGUUUCCAAGUUUAUUUGUGAGGUAAAACAUUUUUUCUCGGAUAUUUAUUAAGAAUAAACAACUUCAAACUGA